AUGUGGCGUCUACCUUUGAGAAGCGAAGAGGGUUCGCUAAGGAGGUUCUUAUAUGGUUUUGAUGGGAUCGAUCUCGACUGGGAGUACCCGGCUGUGUCUGAUCGAGGAGGGAAGACUGUAGAUAUAGUGAACUAUGUUUACCUCGUUAAUGAGUUGAGAAAGGUGUUUGACGAGUCUGGUGAGACUUACGGAAUUACGUUUACUAUACCGACUAGUUAUUGGUAUAUGUAA